AUGCGUUACAACUAUCAAUCUGCUGCCGUGAGCGCGACGAUUGCUGCAUUGAUUGGCAGCACCUCAGCUCAAUUCGAACUUGCGGACAAUGAGGUACCCUUCAUUGGUGGUGGCGUCUACAAGUCCAGUGAUCCAGCUCUGGCUGGUUACACUAUUCAGUACAAACCACCGUUCAAAGCAUCCAACUACGGCGGGUACUACACUUGGGCAGUCAACAACAAUACUGUGGGGAUUAACAACAACACUGCUCAAACAGACCCACUUGGUAUCCCGAAUUCGCCCUCAGACAACACCAUGUACCCAUUAUUCAUUAUUAAUGAAGGGAAUCCGAAGGAGAUAUCUGUCAGCAAAGAUGAUGACACGCACAGCGAGGGCAAGGGCAAAUUCAAGAAGAUCCUCCACGUGAUCUUCGAGAACGAAGUGUACGGCUGGACUAUGGGUGAUUCAUGGUGGAAGCUACUUGCCAAACGUGGGAAACUUUUGACGAAUAGCCACGGCAUAACCCAUCCGUCCUUGUCUAACUACGCCACUUUCCUCGCUGGUGACUUCUUUGGUGCUGCAGCCGAAGACUUUUAUAACCUCAACACCACCACCAUCUAUGACCUGCUCGACGCAAAAGGGCUUGACUAUGCCACUUACGCUGAGUGGUAUACUCCUCUCGCUACAAAACGGGGCCCAAAUGACUGCAACAAUGAAUUAUUCAUCGGCCCACUCGACAGCACCAACCCAGACUGGAACAGCCCAGUAUAUCGCCGCUUGGACGUACCACCAUUGCUCUUCUCUACAUACACCGACAGCUACACUCGCUGCAGCAAGAUCUACAAUGCAACUGAGAAAUUCGACGAUGAUGUGUUUUCACAAAAGCUUCCCGCCUAUUCAUUCUACGUCCCCGAUAUGCUCCACAAUGGCCACGACCCAGAAUCAGACAGCGACUACGCCCAUCAACCUACAUCAUCGGGAAUGUGGUUCAACGCCUUCUUGGAUAUGUACCUCGACGAUUUGAAGGACCAGGGUACCUUGAUAGUUGCAAGUUUCGACGAGGCGACGUGGCAGAAUGAUAACGAUUAUAUCCCAAACAAUAAUAACCAAGUUGCCACUCUUUUAUUCGGCCAUGGUAUUGACCCCAAUACGAAGGAUAAUUCAUACAUCACCCAUUAUGGUGUCCUCCGAGGUGCCAUCACCAACUUUGGUCUGGGUUCUCUUGGACGUAAUGACACCAACGCUACUAACGGUAAUCUGGCGUUGUUGCUCGGCUGA